AUGUCGUUGUAUCAGGAUUUUAACGAUACAGUUGUUAGGGAAUAUGGAGAGGGAUUCCCCCUUUUAAUGCCACGUUGGGGGUACGUUGUUUCGGCGUUCGUGUUAUUUCUGAUUGGAUUCUUUGGAUUCUUUCUAAAUUUGAUGGUUAUUCUACUCAUGUUUAAAGACCGACAGCUUUGGACACCGCUAAAUAUAAUACUCUUCAACCUAGUGUGCUCCGAUUUCUCCGUAUCGGUUUUGGGUAACCCACUAACCCUCAUAUCUGCACUCUUUCACCGAUGGGUCUUUGGACACACCAUGUGCGUCCUGUAUGGCUUCUUUAUGGCACUACUAGGAAUAACUUCGAUAACAACACUCACAGUAAUAUCUUUUGAGAGGUAUCUCAUGGUAACCAGACCUCUCAGUUCGAGACAUCUUACCUCAAAAGGUGCUGCCCUAUCCGUUAUAUUCAUCUGGAUAUACUCCUUAGCACUCACGAUGCCACCUCUUUUGGGUUGGGGCAACUAUGUCAAUGAAGCCGCUAAUAUAAGG